AUGAUCACAUCGGCUUUCUGGGGAACACCCUGGAGGGCAGUCUUAGGUGCUCCCUCGGACGGGGGAACAAGGCACGGGGCCCAUGUUUAUGACUCUGCUCCAUUGGAUGGUGAUGGGAACAGGCAGGACUGGUCGGCAAGUUGGUACUUUCGCCUGACAGAGGGCCCAAACGCACGUCAUGGAUCUUGGUAUAAAUGCAUAUCCCACCAUAUCCCAUAUCCCAUAUCCCCUAUCCCCUAUCCCCACCGCAUGUUGGAGAUCCAAACCCGCUGCAGCCAACCACAAGCUCAGGAACUCCAACCGAGGAACAUGUCUGGUCAUGUGACAAGCCCUACUUCACCUGGGAUCCAAGGUUUCAAGCGCCAACGUCACAGGGAUAUUUCCUCCCAACGGCCUGGGGGAAGUUGCACUAUUUGGGAGCCAUUGGGAUUUAACCGUUCCACCGAUUUUGUUGGCUGUAGCAAUGGUACGUCCCCCACCCCCCGAUUGGAGACACCGGCAGGUCUCAAUUAUUCGGGCGCCCUGCACUGUCUAUCAACUGAAACCAUGGGGGCAAAAUAUAAGAAUUCGCUGUUAGGACGCCGAAACAGAAUUGCUUCCGAGAUCUGCGGCCUCCCACACCCUCUUGACAUUCACGCAUUAGAGUCUCAGCGACGAGCCCGUAGCCAAUGGGGACAACUUGUGGCGGCCGAAUCCACAACGUGCCCUGCAUAUUUUCAAGGGUAUUAUUCUACCAAUAAUGAGGAACAACUCCCCCAUCAAGCUUUCACGUACUGUAAAUAUGGUCAUGAUGCACCGUUGCAUGAAACCAGAUGCCAAGCCAUGAUGAGAGUUGCGGCUUGGAUGCUUAACUGGGUGUUAAGUGGAGUUGCCGUUUUCCCAAAGAUUCUAAUUACUGGAUAUAACCAAGAGCCUCAUAUGAUCAAUCAAUUAACACAUGGAGGUCAGCCAUACUCUAGGAAGGCCAUUUACGAAUUUACACGGUUAAAGAUCCGUUCGACAACCCCGAAAUAUACGACUAAAUACGAUAGCAUCAAUCCUAUGGAAGUGAACUCCGUGAAAAAUGUGAGAGAAUAG